AUGUACAUCUCUCCACUUUCAAAAAUUCCUGGUCCUGCAUUUUCGUCGGUUACUGAAAUUUUAGUUUCAUUAAAAAGACCAGAGGGUCGUGUAUUUGAAUGGUUUUAUUCAUUACAUUUGAAAUAUGGUAAUGUUGUUAGGGUUGGUCCCAAAUUUAUCCUAUUUGAUGAUUUAGAAGCUAUAAAAUUUAUUUUAAAAGACAAUGAUAUGCCAAAGACACCGUCUAUUGCAGGAAUUCGAGCUCACUACAACCUACCAACUUUAUUUUCUGCCACUGAAAAAACUUUUCACAAACAACGCAAACGUAUCUUAUCACCAGCUUUCUCUAUAAAAUACGUAGCAUCACUCGAACCAUUAAUUCAAUCCUGCGUAAAGUCAUUAAUCAAAAAAAUCGAUUCACUCUCAAAACCUUCUCCUAAAUCUUCACACUCGUUAAACUCGGCAUUUAAUCAAUUUAAUGAAGAUAAUUUACCAGUAAUAAACCUUUAUCAAUUGGUACAAUUUUGUGCUUUGGAUAUAAUUGGAGAAACGGCUUUCGGUGGAUCAUUUAACAUGGUUGAGACAGGAAGUCAUCCAUUACCUAUGAAAAUACUUGAGGAGAUGAAAAGACGGGUCAUGUGCCAUACGUUCCCUUAUUUUAAAAUGUUCUUUAAAAAAGAUCCUUGGUGUGAUGAGUUUAUCUCAAAAAUAGUAAAAAAUAGAAUUGAGCAAAACUUAAAGACAACAAAAAAACGUACAGAUAUUUUACAGAUUCUACUUAACAAUCGUAAUCCAUUGAAGCAAUCCUCACCAAAUACACCUGUCGAUAUAACCGAUGGCAAAACAAUGAGUGACUUUGAGAUACAAGAUCAAACUAUGGAAUUUUUAGUAGGAGGCAGUGAUACAAGUGCAUUUACUAUCAUUAUGGCAAUUAUCAUGCUACACCAUAAUCCUGAGAAAUUGAGAAAUUUACGAAUAGAAUUGGAAUCCGCGUUUCCUGUAUUACAAAAUCGUGUAAUAUCGAGUGAACAUGAGAAUGCCCUAUUUUUACCAACUCAUGAAACUUUAAAAUCUCUCAAAUAUUUGAAUGCCGUAAUAAAUGAAACAUUACGAUUGUUUCCAGUUACAUUAGGUGGCAUAAUGAGACAAACUACUGAAGAUACUAUAAUUUCCAAUUAUUUAAUUCCAAAAGAUACCAUAGUUUCUGCAUCUGUGUGGAAACUUCAUCGAUCUAAACAAAUUUGGGGUCAAGAUGUUGAUGAGUUUGUACCAGAACGAUGGUUUGAUUUGAAUCCAAAGAUAAAAAAUGAUGCUUAUUAUCCUUUUGGUAGUGGUUCUCGGUUAUGUUUAGGAAAUAACUUUGCCAUGAUGGAAAUAAGAAUUAUCCUAAGUUCGUUGAUAGGAAAUUUUAAUUUCUUUGUCAGAAAAGAUGCUGAUUUACAGAUUGUACAGUUUAUUACACCAUCGUUGAGAAGUAAAAAAUUCGAAGUCGAAGUUACUCGAUUACGUGAAAGUAAAAGUAAUGAUACAAUUAAC